GCACAAUGUUAUUUAUUUGUAUCAACUUAUCAGUUGUAUAAAUCCCCAAUGGGGUUAAUGUUUUUAUGGGGUAUGGCUUGUGGGGCUUUUGGUGCUUUAUUAAUUGGUGGAGGGGGUUUGCAUACCUUAUGCUUCUGAGGAAGUGGCGAGACGCCACGAAAAGCGUCAAGCGUGGGGGUAUAUGUCACUGCUAUGAUAUAUAAGCUUUUAACCAUAUUCAAUAAAUGAAGAUUUUAUGAAUUCAGCUGCCGAAAUGCUCCGCAAGUUCUGUAAUGUGUUCACAUGAUAUUGGCCUGAACCGGGGGCGUGUUGUGUGCAAGCAUACAGGUUUGCUGAAUCACUUGUACAGGUGAGAGAGGGGGAGUGCUCCCAUUUGUCUUUUUUUUAAUUAAAGGAAACCUGUCACUUUUUUACUUAUAGUAGAACUGUAAAUAAAGAGUUAAUAGUAAUCACAUAGCUUCUCUUUUUUUAAAUAAAUGUAACUAAUACAGAGGUUUAAAAGUGUGCACGAGACUCCACAAGCCCCGACUUUCUGAAAGUCGGUGUGCAAAGCCUCAUGGGAAAAAUAUGCUGACUCAAAAUCUCGUGAGAUUUCACCUCAGUGUCAAUGCUUGAAGCGAGGAAGCAGUAUUUGCGCGCCUCUUAAAGCCUCUGGCCAGCCUGCCACCAAACCUGCACGAAGUGAGGGGUAAAAAGAUCUUAUUUACUUUUCGUUGCGACCUUUGGUGCUAAGACUGGGAGAUAGAGGAGGAGAGAGAUUUACAGCACGCUGGGCUUCUGCUUCAGUCACACAUCAAGCAGCUGCAUGUUCCUCCUCCCUCCCUCCUCCCUCGAUCAGUCAGGGAAAGGCAAAGGCGAUUGGCCAGCAGACGGGUUGGGAGGUGUCAGAGGAGUUCCCGUGCUGUUACACGAAGCUCCUAGGAGAGGUCCUGAUAUUAGUCUUAAACCACAAGAAGGCCCAGGCGAAAUGGGAAAGCCUGUUGUUAUUCUGAAAGAAGAGCAGGAAAGGAUGAAGGAGAUGUUCAAAAUCAAUCAGUUUAAUCUAAUGGCUAGUGAGAUGAUUGCACUCAACAGAUCCUUACCUGAUGUCCGCUUAGAAGGGUGUAAAACAAAAGUGUACCCUGACAACCUGCCAACAACAAGUGUUGUAAUAGUGUUUCACAAUGAAGCUUGGACCACUUUAUUAAGGACUGUACAUAGCGUAAUAAAUCGGUCACCACGACAUUUAUUACGAGAAAUUGUUCUUGUAGAUGAUGCCAGUGAGAGAGACUUUUUGAAAAGAGCACUGGAGACAUAUGUAAAAAAACUUUCAGUACCUGUUCAUGUAAUACGGAUGGAGCAGCGUUCAGGGUUGAUCAGGGCUCGUCUAAGGGGUGCUGCUGCAUCUAAAGGCCAAGUAAUUACGUUUUUAGAUGCCCACUGCGAAUGUACUGUAGGCUGGCUGGAGCCUUUGUUGGCACGCAUAAAUCAUGACAGACGGACAGUAGUGUGUCCGAUCAUUGAUGUUAUCAGUGAUGAUACGUUUGAAUAUAUGGCUGGUUCUGAUAUGACUUAUGGUGGAUUCAACUGGAAAUUAAACUUCCGUUGGUAUCCUGUUCCCCAACGUGAAAUGGAUCGAAGAAGAGGUGAUAGGACACUUCCUGUGAGGACUCCUACUAUGGCAGGAGGCCUCUUUUCCAUAGACAGAGAUUAUUUCCAAGAAAUAGGAACAUAUGAUGCUGGAAUGGACAUUUGGGGAGGAGAAAAUUUAGAAAUAUCUUUCCGUAUAUGGCAGUGUGGUGGUACAUUAGAAAUAGUGACUUGUUCACAUGUUGGACAUGUAUUCCGAAAAGCCACACCUUACACUUUCCCAGGGGGCACAGGUCAAAUCAUUAACAAGAAUAACAGACGGCUUGCAGAAGUCUGGAUGGAUGAAUUCAAAAACUUCUUUUAUAUCAUUUCACCUGGUGUGACUAAAGUUGACUAUGGAGACAUAGCUACCAGAGUAGGCCUAAGACAUAAACUGCAGUGUAAGCCCUUUUCCUGGUACUUAGAAAAUGUAUACCCUGAUUCCCAGAUACCCCGUCAUUAUUACUCUUUGGGUGAGAUUAGAAAUGUUGAGACAAACCAGUGUCUGGACAAUAUGGCAAGAAAAGAAAAUGAGAAAGUUGGUAUCUUCAACUGCCAUGGAAUGGGAGGGAACCAGGUUUUCUCCUAUACAGCUAGCAAAGAAAUACGAACGGAUGAUUUAUGUUUAGAUGUCUCUAAACUUAAUGGUCCAGUUAUAAUGCUUAAGUGUCACCACUUAAGAGGCAAUCAGUUAUGGGAGUAUGAUCCAGUGAAACUAACAUUGGUGCAUGUGAAUAGUAACCAGUGCUUGGACAAAGCUGCAGAAGAGGACAGCCAAGUACCCAGCAUCAGAGACUGCAAUGGUGGCCACUCUCAGCAGUGGCUGUUACGCAAUGUCACUCUCCCAGAGAAUCUCUAAAAUAUUAUUAGAUGGAAAAUAAAAACAAAUUUAUAAAAUGAUGACUGCGCUACCUCUGCACAUGUGACUUGCACAUCCUUUAGUAUCCUAGGAAGGAAACUGUUUUCUGCAACUUUUGGAUGGGGCACAUAUUAGCUCAGAAUACUUACCUAGGGCUCUUCUGUAGCUGAAACCAGCCUACCCCUUAGAGGAUGUAAACUGGCACACUUUGUAUCAUAACUGUGCACAUUGACGUAUACAAGGAGAAUUACCUUCUCUCAUCAAGGAAUUGUUCAGGCAAUGGGUAUAGGACUUGGCGAACCAUCCUGUUGGCUUCUGGGAGAGUUGCACAACAGGACCCUUUCUUGAAUAUUUGACUCUUUAAAAUAGUACUUUGGUGAGAAUCAUAUGCCAAUGGCCGAAUUUUUAAAAAAACAGUAGAAUUCCAACGAAGAUUUGCACAAAACGUUUCCACGUGCAAAAACAGGGAAAGAUAAGAUCAGAUAUAUUGAAAGUACAAUUUGUUAUAAUAAAAAAAAUUGAUUUAUAUGUAGUUUUAUACCUCUGCUAAGACCAUAACCAGAUCACUUUUGUUUUAGUUGCUUGAUAGCAACUAGAGUAUAUUUCUCAUUAUAGCAAUCAUAAAUUUUAGAAAUGGAAAUGGACUGAAUGUUGUUGUUUGUUCGGGAAACGAUGAGUCGGGUUUGAUUUUUAAUAUACACCUUUUUAAAAAGACUUUCCUUACCCCACUCAAUGUUGCUUUUUCAAUGGACACAACAUAUUAGAUACAUUUUAAAAAUUAAAGUUUUGUCAUACCCAGAGCUCUCUAUAGUGUGCUAUUCCAUGCAGCAAAAACACUUUAUUUUAUAGGAGGAAUCAUUAAAAGUAUAUAUUUCAUUUAUUACAUAGGAGAGAGAACUAUAUUCUCUGACUUAAUUUGUUGGGUUUAUAUGCACCAGUGGCACCUACAGAGAACAUUGUUGGAUAUCCUUAAUAGUGUUGGUCAGUGGCAAUAUUUUGUUAAAAUAAAGCAAAAAGAUAGGGAAAUGGCAUUACAUUAUGACUGCGUAAGUAAGCCUUCUAAAAAUAAUAUGUCCUCUUUGCUGUUAAGGAAAAUUCACAACAUCUAUAAGUGAGCCUGAUUUAGGGACACAUGUAUGAAGGCUUUAUAUGUCAGUCUGUCUUGGCUACUCUGAUGUAGGGUAGUGAUACGAUAAAGCACCAUUGAGAAUAUACAAUGUUAUUAUCUCCCACUUUUAUUACAUGCUGGACCAGUGUUUUUAGUUUUCCCCUAAAAAUAUUUAUUACUGCUACUUAGUAAACAUUUAUUUUGUAGCACUGGUGUGUAGAUUACUACAUUUGGAAAUAUAGGAAAUGACAGGAGAAGAUGUAUGCUUACCUACCUUUAGACUGGCAUCUACUGUAUGCAUGCAUUAGUAUUUAGUUUCCGUUGGUGUACUGCUGCCUCAUAAUCACUGGUUACAUUCUGCAGAGAUUCAUUGUGCAAUUCUGAAUACAAAGAAAAGGGGUACUUUGUCAUUUAACUGCUUAUGACUUGAAAAUGGUGCUUAUUUAAUUAAUUUUAAAACAAACUGGUAAGCUCCUGUUUGUUAUAUAUGAGUUAGUUUAGAUGUACCAUUAGGGAACAUGUGGCAAUGAGGAAUUUUAAGAAUUCAGUAAAAUUGUAUUUCAUGCAUAUCAAAAAAAUGGUCUUGUAGCAAUUUCUGUUAUGUUUUGCAAAAAGAGGUGUAGAAUGGAAGUAGCAUUGUAAGCUAAUGAAACACAGGUGUUUGUGUUCUUUGUGUUCCUCAUAGAGAGAACCAUGGCGAUUACAAUGCUCUAUUUGAUUAGGUAGAGAAUGCAUGGGAACCCAGUAAGAUAGCUCUCCAAAGCAAUCCCCUCCCAAAGGCAUAAACCAUGUUUUUUCCAGACAUUAAUGAGUAAUGUGGAAUAACUUAUUUGCUCAAAAACCUAUGCACAUUUAGCUAUAGGUAAAUUAAUCCAAAACAUAUUUCUGAUACAUAAAUACAAUACAAUUUAUAAAUAUCUGCAGAUUCUUUUAACUGUACUGAGAAUUUUUAAAAAUAAACUGGUUAUCAGUAUGCAGUUUAAGUGACUGCAGCUAAAGAGCAAUCCUGAACUGUAAAGAAGCAUGAUAAAAAUGCCUUGGAGGGCUGCAUACAAUCUUUACAGGCCCAGACCGACCCACGGGGGUCAGUUAACUUCUGACAUUUUUUUUAUCUAAUCUAUCCCAUAACUAGUGUACAUUGCAUCAUGCCUGUAGUCCAGUGUGUAUAUAGCAUAGAAAUGCACAGACGUUAGCAGUUAGAAGCAAGGCAUUUCUCUGGUUACAUUUAACUGGUUAUAAUAUAAUUUUAGCAGUAUCCAUACACUUUAUUUAAUUCUAAAAAGAAAAAGAAAGGUGAGUUUUUAAUGUAUCUGGGGUGAAGCAAAGCAAAAUGUUUAUGGUGGGGAAAUUUUACAUUGUAUCCAUGCAUUUAAAUAAUGAAUGUUGCACGCUGAAUAGAUUGCCUAAUUGUUUACAUUACAAAGUUUCUUUUAAUCCACUUUUUUUCACAAUUAAAAUGUACAAAGCAAAAUGA